AUGACAUCAGCUCAUUACCAUUGCAUUUUGUGUAAGCCAUAUUUGACGACUCGGCAAGGAAAAUACACAUAUAACGGGUUCUAAAUCUUCAAAGGAGUUUGAUAGUAUGUAGAUAUAUAGGAAACGUAAUGAGGAAUAUCUUAAAAGUUUAUAAUGGCACACUCCCCUGAUUAUUUCUUCAAAGAGUAUGGAAUAACUGACCAGUCCCCUCUUAGUUUGUUACAGCUCGACCCGGCAGACAGAGCUGUACUUAAAAUAGCAGAUGUGAGAGAUGCAGUCCAAAAGAAAACAUUUACAAAAUGGGUGAACAAACACUUGUUAAAGUGGUCUCCCCUUCCUGUCGACUACAUGCAGCACUGGAGGUUUACACAGGCUGGCCGUAGAAUAGUAGACCUGUUUGAAGACCUCAGAGAUGGACAUAACUUGAUAUCACUGUUAGAAGUGCUUGCACAUGAAUCUUUGCCAAGAGAAAAAGGUCGUAUGAAGUUUCAUAAAAUUCAGAAUGUACAGAUUGCAUUAGAAUUCCUGCGAAGAAAAGGGAUAAAACUGGUUAACAUCAGAUCUGAUGAAAUUGUGGAUGGGAACCCUAAAUUAAGUCUUGGGUUGAUAUGGACAAUCAUUUUACACUAUCAGAUCUCAGAGAUAGUGGUUCCAGGACAACCUGAGGACAUAACCUCUAAAGAAGCUUUAAAAAUAUGGGGCCAGAGAACAGUGGAGGGAUAUCCUGGGGUCAAAAUACGGAACUUCACAAACAGCUGGAGAGAUGGAAAAGCCUUCCUUGCUAUCAUACACAGAAACAGGCCAGAUUUGAUUGACAUAAGCCGCACAAGACACAAUAACAAUCGUCAAAACUUAGAGCUAGCUUUUGGUACAGCAGAAAGAGAAUUAGCUGUCACAAGACUUCUUGACCCUGAAGAUGUGGAUGUGAAUGAGCCAGAUGAGAAGUCUAUUAUUACUUAUGUAUCCUCACUGUACGAUGUUUUCCCAGAGGUGCCAAGUGUCGAACAAACAUUACGAGAUAAUGAACGUCAAAUUAAACAAGAAGAAUACAGAGAUUUAGCCAGUUCAUUAUGUAUGUGGCUAAAGGAAGCAACCAACAUUAUGAUGGACAAGACAUUUCCAACAACACUGAUAGAAAUGAGAUCUGUGUUAGCAGAAUGCAAGAGAUUUAGAACAGAAGACAUUCCACCAAGACAGGACACCAAACAAAAACUACUACGUAUAUACGAUGAAAUACAGGGACUGGGACCAGGCACAGGUGAUAUGGGUAUCCCCGAUGAACUCCACCCGGAUAAUAUCAACAGACUUUGGAGCAGAUUUACAUUUGCCCAGCAAGAAAGGGACAGCCUAGUGCAGUCAGAAGUUGUCAGACUGGAAAGGCUACAAAGAUUAGCAGAGAAACUUCACCGUGACUGUAAAUACCAAGAGGACAAAUUAGACGAGGUUGCCAUUGGAGUGUAUGAAGAACAAGGUCGUGUUGAUGUUGUCCACCCACAUGAAGCCAAACGUAAAUGUGAUGCCCUGGAUGAGGCCCUUCGUAAUGUUGAGGAGAAUGCACGCAGUAUGUUUCGUGAUGUACAAGCCCUCCAAGAUGGAAGGUUUUCUACUGCAGAACAACUCAGCAGAAGAGUUUCUUCCAUUAAGUCAAGAGUAUCACAGUUAAGAACUCAGCUGUUUGGUGAAGUUGUACAGAAACUAAUAUCCAAGUCCUAUGUCGAGGAAGGCGUUACUGUUACCAGGAGGCGAGAAUAUGUAACAGAAAUUAGACCUACAGACAUGAACCCAACAUUUCAACAUGUUCAUGAAUGUUUGUCAUGGGUAGAAAAUAAACAGGCAGAGCUUGAGUCAAGAGAAUAUGGAACAGAUUUAUCUACCGUAGAAACCCUUUGUAGUUCUCAUCAGUUAGAACAUCAACAAAUACAAAACUUUCGAAGAGAAAUAGAAAAAUGCAUUUCAGAUGGGAGAAUGUUAUCCCCAGAGGAUCAGAACUUAUAUGCAGAAUGGUUAUCUAAAGUAGAAGUGGCUUAUUCUUUAUUAAUAAAAACCUCAACAAGACGUUCCCGAAGCUUGGAUUCUUUGCGAGAAUUCUUGCAGACAGCAAUGCAAGAACUAAUCUGGUUGAAUGACAAAGAGGAACAACAAGUUACUAGAGAAAUAAACAUAAAUACAGACCCACAAACCACAGAUGGUGCUUAUAAGAGUUUGAUCCAUGAAUUGGAAUUGAGAGAAGUUCAGUUCAAUUCUGUACAGGAACGAGGAACAGCUUUAGUUCUUGAUCGCCACCCUGCAGCUGAUACAAUAAAAGCCUACAUGGAGGAGAUGCAGUCACAGUGGUCCCUACUAUUACAAUUAACAUUAUGUUUAGAAUCCCAUGUUAAAUCUAUCACCACCUAUCAUCAAUUCUUUCAAGAGUGUAGACAAUAUGGAUCAGAAAUGACUCAUUGUUCAGAACUUCUUAAUACAAUUUAUGGACAAGAAAAUUUAAGCAUUGAUGAUGCCAAAAGACAAAUUAGUGAUUUACAUAAAAUGCAAGAACAAUUAACAGAAUUUGACAAACAAAUUGCAGACUUGAUUCAGACUAGUGAAGAAGUUAUUCCAUUAGAAAAAAGAACUGAACAUGUGACGUCUGAUAGUACAGUGCAAUGUUUAUGUACAUACAGACACCAAAAGGAAAUAAUACAGAGAGGACAAGAAUAUGAAUUAUUAGAUACUUCAAACAGAUCCAAGUGGAAGGUUGCAUUGUCAAAUGGUGAUGAAGAAAUGUUGCCAUCUAUUUGUUUUGUCAUUCCCCCACCUAAUAAAGAUGCCAUAUCACAAGCUGAGAGGCUUCAUGUACAGUUUGAACAUUUACAUAGUUUAUGGAAAAUGAGGCAGAGAUCCACUAAACACAAUAUGAUAUUGAAUACAGUUAGGGUCAUAAAGAACUGGGAUCUUAAACAGUUUAUGAGUUUAGAGCCAGGAAGGAGGGAGAUGUUUUGGAGAACUGUAAAUGAAGACGCUGAGAAGCUGAUCACAGAAGUAGGAGAGACCACACACGAAAUGAGAAAAUUACGGGGAGAAUUAGCCGAAUGUAAUCAAAUAUUUCUAAGUCUUUCAGCAACUGCUCAAGAAGAAGAAUCACAUAAGACAAAAUCUCCUGAUCAGAAGCUUGUUCAUGAAGUUGAUUCUUUUAAUAAACGUUUUAUGGACUGUGAACAGGAGUUGAUAUCGAGACUCCAGGAUCAUCUACCUCGUGACAAACUUGGUCUUCGUCAUAUCGUAGAACAACAAAAGGUAUGGGAGGCCAAUGCCAGUGAGUUAGAGAAUGGAGUUGAUGUCCUGAAAUCUACCUAUGCAAGUCUUCCACAUAAAUCUCAUAUAGCAGAAUCAAAAUAUCAUGCUGUGGUACAACGGUGGGAUCAAAUACGAUCUCUCUCACGGGUUUAUUUAGAUAGAUUAAAAGCAACAGAUUCUUUAUUGACCGGAAUAGAGCAGAUGAGACAGUUAGUAGCAGACUAUGAGAUAGCUCUGGUGUCACAUGACAACAUGUCAGCUGAUCCAGAUACAUUUAGACAAGUUCAUGAAGAACUCCAAGAUUUAGAUUCAUCUAUACAACAGCAGCAGCCAAAGUUAGAUAGAUUAACAAAAGAUGUAGAAAAUCUUAGAGCUCUUCUAAAACACUGUCGACCAGGCACAUCUCGUCACAAUGAUUUGGAGACCGUUGAUAAGGAGGUUGAUGGUCUCAGACAAAGAUGGGAACAGAUCAUAUUACAAAUUGUUGAAAGGAGAAGAGUCUUUGAAUCUUCCUCAAACCUAUUGUCUCUGUAUACCAGUGGGGUUAAAGAUGAACAACAAUGGAUGAAACGGCUACAGAUGAAAAUUAAUCAAUUACCUCCCCUUACAAACAAUAUCGAGGAAGUCCAGCAACAGAUAGAACCAUCAAUGGCGAUAUAUAAUGGUCUUGGAGAACACCAGCACCAGUUAGAGGCAGUCAACAAAUAUGGAGGCCAAUUUAUCAGAGAGGCUAAGAUUUAUGACAGAAGAUUACGUCAGUACAAAACGACCUUGGAGGACAUUGAUGCUGCCCUCGUAGAAAGUAUGACAAAGAAACAAAAACGUGAGGAUGGAGCGGAGCGAGUGAAAACAGAACUUGACAUAGUGAAUAAACAAUAUAUGGAUAUGGUCAAAUGGAUUAGUCACAGACUUAAGGAAAUCACAAGGAUUUUAUCUGAAUCUAAUGUUAAUUUGAAGUUCCAAAUGGUUAUAGAUGAAGAAAUUCCAUUAUUGCGUACAUUCCGUGCAGAACUUGCCAAGAGAUCGUCCAUGUUAGUUGAUGAGGAUAUGGAAGGAUAUUUUCAUCAGUUAUCAGAAUUUGAAGGAUACCCAACACCAAUGACAACCACAAAUGGUUAUGGUGGUAAAUCAUUCGUCAGUAAAGUGACAGCUAUGGUGGAUAGACCUAUCGGAACAUCUACUCCACGAAUGGAUAAAAGUGAAAGUACCAUGGACAGUAUGGAUGUAGAUGAUAGUCCAGGAGUCCAAAGAAGAAUGAUAUCACCUCCACUGUUAGCACCUAACAGAUUGUCAAUGAAGGUUGCUAGUAUUACAAGUGUCCAGGCUUUACAUCAGAGUGCUCCACCUGAAGAUCAUAUGUCUAAUACUUCACAAAUAUUGGUGACAGUUAAACAGGAAUGUAUAGCACCAAGUCAAAUGACAUUAUACGUGUCAGCUAUUCUUAAUCCUCAGACAGGAAGACAAGUUAGUUUAGUGGAUGCUAUUAAAUCUGGAUUGUUUGACUCUAGAACAGGGUUUUAUGUCGACCCUUUAACAAGUAGAAGAUUAUCACUUCAAGAAGCCUACAGUAAAGGUUAUAUAUCUGAUGGUUUACUGCAGCAGCUGAAUUCACCCUGUGGACUAACAGAUCCCGUAACAAAUAGACAAAUUCCAUUAUUAGAUGCCAUGAAGAAAGGAAUAUUUGAUCCUGUUAAAAUGACUUACAGAGACCCAAACUCUGGUCAGAACAUUCCAUUACAUCAGGCUGUGUCUAAAGGCCUGAUAUCACAACAAACUGCAACAAACCUAGGAGGAGAUGGGGUAACAGUUACCACUAUCACACAGUCCCAAGCUGUGUUUGGUACUGCUGAUUUAUCAGUACUAGAAUCAGCAUUAGGACUAGCUGAUGCUAUAGAAAAAGGUCUGUUUGACUCGUCAUCUGGAAAAAUUAUUGAUCCAUUAUCAGGAAAAAGUAUGACUAUUUUAGAAGCAGUUGAAAAAGGACAUUUAAAUCCAUCAAAGAAAGAAAUAAAGGAUCCUGCAUCAGGAGAAUACAUUUCACUAGUGGAAGCUGUGAGUAAGGGUCUAAUUGACCCAGAAUCUGGAUUAUACAUAGACAGGUCCAAAGGUCAGAACUUACCGUUAGACCAAGCCUAUCAGAGACAGUUAUUAAGUAAACCACUUUACCUUCCAAAGGCUAUUGUAGAAGGAUCAAUAACAGAGAAAGGUCACUUAAUUGAUCCAAACUCUGGACGUGUGAUAUCAUUCUCUGAUGCACUAGACAAUGGCAUUCUGGACGACAGUACAAAAUGUGUGAUGAUUCCUUCCUCUGGAGAGGUUUUCUCAAUCAGAGAAGCAAUAGAGAAUGGUAUCCUUGAUUCACGAGGAUUGUUUGUAUCACCUGGUGCAGAACCUGCUCAACCUAUUGCAUCAGCUGUUCAGAAAGGCUACUUAAAAUUGGUCAGUGAAGAAGUCCUUUUAGCAAGACCAUGUAUCAAGGACUCAGUUACAAAUAAAAUGUUAACAGUUCCAGAAGCAAUGCGAAAAGGCAUAAUUACAAGCAAUGGAGAUUUUGUCGAUACAAGAACUGGACGAAGAGUACUACUUAGAGCUGCAGCCAGUCAGGGGUUGGUAGAUAAAGAUGUGGUAGAAAAAUUGACACGUGAUACAUCCAUGAAGGAUGCAAGCGGCAAAAAUGUGUCCCUUCUCAAAGCGAUACAGAUUGGAAUGUUAGAUCCAGAUCGAGGGGAGAUAACUGAUGCUAGAACAGAAAGAGUAAUGACUCUGAACAAGGCAGCUAAGGAAGGAAUUAUAUCAACAGAUGAUGCUCAGACUGUGCUAGAGGUUCUCAGUCCAGCUAUUACAUAUACCUCUGUUCAAACCAAACUACAGCCAGGUAAUGAAGAGGUCAACUUUCGUCCAAUAUCUGUAUCAGAAGCCCUCUCCCAGGGUUUGUUGGUGGAAAGAACCGGAACAUUUCGGGAUCCUCACACAGGGUCAACAAUGCCUGUGGAGGAAGCAAUACAGAAGGGACUUUUACGAUUGUCCACAGAAUGGCCGCCAACAUCUCUUCAAGAAGAAAAAUAUGAUGAAAGCUCUGAAGAAAUAGAAUUUGAUUCUUUUGAUUCUCUACCAGAGCCAGGAGCUUCCAAAGUUCAAUCCAAAAUAGUAAGGAAAGGAAAUGAGGGCUUCUCCUUCACAUCAACAACAAUUUCGAGACCUGCCAUUGCAGAAUCGGUGGUGAGCCAGACUCGCCAUAUUGAAGUACAAAGCAUCACCGAUCCACGUACGAAGGAGAGGAUAUCUCCACAAGAAGCAGUAAAAAGAGGAAUAUUAGAUCUAUCAAAAGGAUGCUUUAUACACCCACUGACUGGUCACAAAUUUACCAUUAAUGAAGCCAUAGCUAAAGGUCUUGCAACAGGACGAGAAACAGACAAACCACAUACUUCUGAUACAUCUGUCAAAGAAAUACGAUCAUUUGCAAUUACUAGUGUCAUUCAUCCAAGAACAAAAGAAAAGAUAUCUGUUUCAGAGGCUGUCAAUCAAGGAAUAUUAGACAGAGAAAGAGGACUGUACAUGACAUUUGAUCAACAGGGCAGAAGAGUGUCUAUACCUAUCAGUGAAGCUGUUGAUAGUGGAUGGGUUCUGGCUGAGGAUGUUAGCACUAUGCAUGUAGCUAAAGGGGACAUUCUUAAAGAAACAAAAACAUUCCAAUUAAAAAGUGUCAAACAUCCAAUUACAGGAAAAUUUGUGCCUGUCAUUGAAGCUGUAAAAGAUGGUAUCUUAGACGAAGGAAAUGGAUUGUACAUAAAUACAAGGACAGGUGAGAAAUUAUCUGUAUACGAUGCUAUUGAGAGGAAACUUAUUGAGGCUGAACUCACAUCUGUCACGUCUAAUGAUGAAGGCGAUGGAAGCAAGAUGACCACUACAAAAAUGACCACACUAAUGGUAUCAUGGGUUGUACAUCCCAGAACUGGUGAAACCAUAUCUAUACAAAAAGCUGUUGAUGAAGGAAUUAUUGAUAAUGUAAAUGCACAGUACAUCAACAUUGUGACUGGAGAGAGGAUGUCCAUCAAUGAUGCAAUAGACAGGAAGUUAGCUAUUGCCACGUCAAACAUAGAAACUGCUCAAGAUCGUCAUGAAAUAUCAAGUAUACACAUUACUGAUGAACAAGAGACAUUUGAAGCUACAUUAGUGGAGGAAAUAACUGCUGAAACAGUAUCAUAUAGUAUCAGCAGUGUCAUUGACCCCAGGACAAUGAACAUGAUCUCCUAUGACGAUGCCGUCUUGAAUGGAAUCUUGGAUAUAUCCAAAGGACUGUACAUCAACCCAGGUACAGGAGAAACUCUUCAAAUUAACACAGCACUAAACAAAGGACUGAUCCAUGCUGAUGUCACAGGCAGAUCAAAGGAAGAAGAAUUACUACAUAGUGCUUUCAGUGCUGGAAAUCUGCCAUUCUCAUUGAAGAAUGUCACUUCUGUGAUCAAUCCUAAAACCAGAGAGCAAAUAUCAGCUGUGACAGCUAUCAAGAAUGGUCUGAUUGAUGCUGAAAAUGGAACAUUCCUGGAUACCAGAACAAACAGUAGAAUACCAUUGGAAGAUGCAUUAAAACUAGGCUUCAUCAGCCUAUCAAAAUCAACAGAUGCUGCUGAUAUUGAAAGGAUACAAAAUAUGUCAAUGGAAGAACCUGUUCCACCUACUAUUACAGAAAAUGGUAUCGCCCCAUCUGUGGUUGAUAUAAAACUAGAGCGGUCAGGAGCUAGAGAUGAGGACAGAAUGAAAAAUGACAGUUUUGAUGAGGUUCUAAAUUACACCACAGACGUGGAACAAAGUUAUGAUGGUAUUGAUGGUGAUAAAGGAAGGACACCACAACUUAUAAUGGAAACAACAGAGACAACAAGAACUAGAGGUGAUGUGAAGACUCUUAAAUCAGAAUCUGUAUCAGCACCUUCUGGAUUCUCAUACUCAGAGGCUCUUCAUGUAGGUCUUAUUGAUCCAACAUCAGGCAAAGUCAGAGAUCCAAAAACUGGUCAACUAAUUACCUUAAAAGAAGCCAUUGAUAGAGGGAUUGUUGACACUGAUAAACAAGCCAUGCUAAGUCUUACUCUGGAUAGACCUGUCACUCUACAGGAAUGCUUCAAUAGGGGAUUAAUAGACAGCAGUACUGGUCGUGUCAAUUAUCCAAAAUGUCAACAACAAAAUAUCAUACUAGGGUCACAAUUUAGGUCACAAUUCUCAAAACCAGGCCCUUUGAAUCUACUGGAUGCAGACAAAGCACAACUUAUUGAUGAAAGAGGACAGUUAUUGGAACCAAUCUUAGGAGAGAGGAUAACAAUUCAGGAAGCUGUAAAUCGUAAUAUUGUUGAUGGAAAUUUGGUUCUGAUUGUUGAUGAAGCGUCUGGAACCAAACUACCACUGAAGACAGCUUUACGACAAGGAAUUAUAGAUGGAAAAACUUGUGAAGUGACAAACACAGCCACUGGAGAAGUAAUGCCACUGUCGUCUGCUAUACAGCAAGGACUUGUUGUUGACUCACUGGAUCAGAAGAGAGGAACAGUAAUGGAUUCAGCCACAGGAGAAACUGUUCCUAUUGAACAAGCAAUACUUGAUGGAAAGCUGAGGUCUGACGAAGUCACUAUAUUGGAUUCAAGGACAGGUGAAAUGAUUUCUCUGGAUUCAGCAAUGAAAAAAGGACUGUUUGAUAGGAAAUCUGGCAAGAUUAAAGAUUCCAAGACAGGAGACAAAAUGACUGUUCAGGAUGCACUGAAGUUUGGACUACUAGCAGUUGUUGGAGCACCUAUUCUGGCAGGGAAAGUUGUCUAUGAUGCUGUAAAAAGUACAAAGACCAAGGGACCAGUUAUAAAAGAUGUUACAGAAACAAAAUCUAAAGGCCCAAUUAUAACAGAUGUGACAGAACAGGAAAGACAUAAGACUGAAACAAUUGGAAAAUUUACAUUGAAUGGGGAUGGAGAACCCCAAACUACUAUUAUAUACGCUAAACCUGGAGAUCGUAUCAAACCGACAAUGAAUCUUCCUUCUCUUCAGAAAAAUGAACCAGAUUUAAAUGGACCUGAUAGUUAUGUGGUAAGUCCUGACAGAAGUAGAUUUUCUCAGAGUAAUACUUCUGAGACGCUAGAUUUUUCUCAUCCUUCGCUGCAUGUAAAACCUUCUAUGGGUGUUUCGUUUUCUUCCGAGGUUGAUGGAUCUUCUUUUUACAAGCCCUCCUAUCCUUUAUCCUCCCCUUCCUCAAUGGUGAAUGGUGACUCCAAACCUUAUGGAAGUAGAAUUUCUGAUAGUAUUUCUGAACAGACAACUGAAACAAGCUUUACAAGUUCUCCAUUUAUAUCUAAGGAUGAUCUGACUAUUGAUUGGAGUGCUGGAAAGGUCAUCAUAAGAUCAACUGGAGAAGUGAUGACUGUACCUCAAGCAGUACAGAGAGGUCUUUUGGAUUCGGAUACAGUAGAAGAACUUGCUGAAUCAGCAGAUUUACAAUCCAAAACACCAGCCAUAGAUGUUAACUGGGAUGAAGGAACCAUAACUGUCAAGGAAACAAGGGAAGUAAUCACAAUUGAUGAAGCUGUCAACAGGAAAUACAUUGAUUUAUCAACUGCACAAACAUUAUCAAUGGUGGUAGGAAAAAUACAUGAUGUUGAAACUAAACAGUCAAAAAAGGUUUCACAAGUAAAAUUUUCUCCAGCAGAAUCAAAGACUAUAUUUCAUGAAACAAAAGUCAUUACUGAGGAACAGAAGUCAGGAAGUUUACCUAGAUACAGUUCAUCAACGAAAGGAGAAAGAGAGCCUGUAUCACUAAAUGAACUUGUUAUGAAUGAUAAAAAUGUCACACUUAAAGGAAAGAUUUCUGUUCCAGGAAAGCAUAAACCUGUUACGGUUCAGAGAGCUAUUGAGGAAAAGUUAAUAGACUUUGAUAAUUCUAGUGUUUUAGAUCCCAAAACAGGAGAUUUGAUUUCAUUGAAUGAGGCAAUCAGGCGUGGAAUAUUUGAUCCUGAAACAGGAAAGCUGAAACAUACUGGGACUGGAGAAAAGAUUACGUUAAGAGAGGCCUUUUAUGAGGGUCUGAUACCACCACCAGGAUUUAGUGUUACUACUUAUCGUGAAGUUCAAAGUGAGGUUGUUGAUCAUCACUACUCCAUUAGCGAUGCCAUAGAACAAGGAAUGGUGGAUGAGGGAAGUGGUACAUUUAGAGACCCAAAAACUGGAGAAGUUAUGUCAUUAGGUGCAGCCAUUCAUGAAGGUUAUAUCAGUCCUCCAACUUCUCCCCGCAGAGAAGUUGAUCGUGCUGAAUAUAAAUUCACCAAAAGUUCACCUGUCAAAAUACGUCCAAGAUCAAAGGAUAAAGCACCAAAAGAAAAUCGCUUGUCAUUCUCUCAAGCCUUGAACAGGGGCCUGAUUGAUGUGGAGAGUAGUAAAUUUACUGAUCCUUCUACUGGUUCUAGAAUUGCUGUACUUGAUGCUAUUAGAAAACAGUUGAUUGAUCCUGAAGACGAAGUGCAGGAAACAACAGAGGGCUUCACUCUGACAGCUGCAUUAGCUGAAGGAGUUUUUGAUGACUCAACAGGUGAAUUUACUGACAGAAAAACAGGACGAAAGCAUAGUUUACAAGAAGCCAUUCGUUUGGGAUUUAUCAGUGGGGAUAGCAGUAUCUAUGAUGUCAAAUCAGGAAAAAUGAUGACUCUCACUGAAGCAUUGAACACAGGAAGAAUUGACCCCAAAUCUGGAAAAUUUAUCAGUAAAGAUUCUUGUAUCAGAAUUUCUUUGAAAGAUGCUGCUAAAAUGGGUCUUGUUGCAUUUGUCGGUGCUCCUAUCUAUGGAGCUAUGAAAGUAAAAGAUUACUUCACCAAAGAUAAGUCAGUAACGAAAACAUUGUCAGUAUCUCUAGACAGAUCUGUUCCAAUUGAUGUGCAGUCUACUGUUGUAACUCGUACUGGUCCUGAGAAUAUAGAGAUAACAGAAUAUAAACAUAAACAAAACAGAGAUGGAGUGGGUGAUUCUGAUAUCUUAGAAUCGUCAGAAAAGGUUUCGUGUAAAGUUCAUAUUCGUGGUGUGAGAGACUCAGCAGGGAGGAAGGAUACCAGUCUUGACCAGGCAAUCAGGUCAGGCAUUAUAGACACACAACAUGGAACAUACAAAAAUUCACUCACUGGUCAGGAGAUGAGCAUAAAGGAGGCUCUAGAUUAUGGGUUUAUUGAUGGAAAGGUUAUGGAUAGUGUGACUAUGAAAGAACAGACUUCAAAAUCUGGUGUCAGUGCUGAUGUAAUGUUCUCAGAGAAAAAGAGAAUGUCCAUUGUAUCAGUUAUUGACCCAAAUACAGGACAAGAGCUGAAGUUACAUGAUGCCGUUCAUAAAGGCGUCAUUGAUCACGAUGGUAAAACAUACUUUGAUGAUGAACAUGGAAGGAUCAUACCUAUUAUGGAUGCUGUCAACCAAAAACUUGUCAGAGUAAAAGAUGUAGAUUCUGAAAUGAAAAGCACUGAACUUUAUGGAGAAUCCAAAGAAGAUACAAUAACUCAAGUGAAAACAUUAAAGAUUAACACAGUUGUUGACCCAGCUACUGGUCACAGUAUCAGUCUUCAGGAGGCUGUCAAGAGAAAUAUCCUAGAUCUACAUGCUGGUGUAAUUGUAAACUCCAGAACAGGAGAAGAAAUACCAAUCAGUGAAGCAUUGAAGAUGGGAUUAGUCAGUGGUGAAAAUUCAUCAAAAACAGAAACAUUUGAAACUACCAGUCCUGACACACUUCAUCUCAAAUCUGUGUUCGAUCCUGAUCAGGGACAGUUUAUUCCAGUCAAACUUGCCAUAGAGAAAGGCAUCAUCAACCCAAAAACUGGACGUUAUAAAGAAAAAGAUGGAAGCUCUAUUCCAAUAACUGAAGCUGUUCAUGAAGGUAAAAUUAAAGCAGAUCAGAAAAUGGUAAAAUCACCAUCUUCAGCAGAAGUCAUUACUGAAAGACGUACAUUUAACAUUCAAACAAUAGUUGACCCUAGAACAGGACAAACCAUACCAGUGCCUCAAGCAGUUCAAAGUGGAAUUUUAGAUUUGAAAGCAGGAAUAGUCACAAAUACUCAAACAGGAGAAAAAUUAAGCAUACCUCAAGCCAUUAAACGUGGGUAUGUACGAGCUGACUCUGUAUCAGAAGAAUUAGGAGGUUUUGAUGGUAGCAGUCCUAUCAAUAAUGUUAAGUCUGUUAAAGAUCCAAGGACAGGAGAAUGGCUGUCAGUAGAAGAGGCAGUUAAUAGAGGUGUUUUAGAUGGUGGGCUAUGUAAAUACCUGGACAAACAUACUGGGGAAACACUGGAGCUUGAGGAUGCAGCCAGGAAGGGGUAUGUUCAGUUGGAACAGACAUUCCCUUUUGUGACUACUGUGAAACGAGACUCCAUGACAGUCAAGGCUAUCAUUGAUCCUAAAACUGGUACUAAGAUCCCAUUACAGGAGGCCAUCAGGAAAGGCAUAUUUAUUCCAGAUAAAGGAAUUGUUGUUAAUCUGAGAACAGGAGAGAGACUACCAUUGUUAAUGGCAGCAGAGAAAGGUCUGGUAGAAAUUGCAGCUGGUAGUUCUGACAACAUUGUAACAGUAGGAGAUACCAUGAUAACUGAAGUCAAGGAUCCAUUUACUGGCAGAACCAUGUCACUGGAUGAAGCUUUAAAAAGAGGAAUUGUAGACAAGGAUAAACAUGUCUACUAUGACCCUAAGACAGGAGCAUCAAUGCCACUAGAGGAUGCUCUAAAGAUUGACCUGAUUACUGGAGAAAGUUUACAACAAAAUGGUAAUGUCGACAAGGAAACCAAAGAUGUAAAGCAAAUAAAUGUCACAGGAGUACUUGAUUCAUCAACAAACAGACAGCUUACAGCUGAACAAGCUAUACAAAAAGGAAUCAUUGAUGCUGAUAUGACAAAAUAUUAUGAUGCUAAGUCCAGGACAUUUAUACCCAUGGAACAGGCAUUACAGGCUGGUCUAGUAUCCGGUGUUGUUCAGACAAUUAAAACAGUGCAAACAAAAGUCAAAUCAGAAAAACCAGCCAUUACAUACAAUAUAUCCAAGGUUAUGGAUACAUCUCAAGGUCAAAUGAUUGAUGUAGCUGAAGCCAUAAAUAGAGGCGUACUUGAUGCAAAGGGUAACUAUAAAGAUACUCGCAGAGGAGAAACAAUGCCAUUAUCUGAUGCAAUGAAGAAAGGAAUGGUAUUAGCCACAGAGGUCGAUGGUAAAAUAUCAAUGUCACCUGCUAAAGCUACAGAGAACUACACAUUUAAUGAAGCUCUUAGAAAAGGUUACAUAGAUGAACAAAGAGGUUUGUUUACACAUCCAAAUACAGGAAAGAUUUACACUGUUGAUGAAGCUGUAAGGGCAGGCAUGAUUAUUUCAUCCACAUCUCAGCCAUAUGAAUAUUCAAGUCCAAGGGAAGAUGGGACAACUAUGUCAUUUCAACAAGCUUUUCAACAAGGAAACAUUGAUCCAAAAAACGGGCAAUUCGGAGGCAGGGACAGGAGAAUCCCCAUGUCCAUUGAAGAAGCACUUCAUAGACAGUUCUUGUCUCCGGUAACCAGACAAAAUUCACAACAAGGGGGAUCAGUAGUGUUAUUGAAAGCGAGCCCUCACACGGCAGAAAGAGGAGCUGUUGUAUACACAGACAUAGUCGAUACAAAGAUACCGAUGGAUAACACAAGAUAUGAUGAACAAGUUACCAUGACUACCACAACUGUACCUGGUAAUACUGACGAGAAUAGAAGUGAGCCUUCAUUAUCUGUUAGUGAAGCUCUUAAAACUGGAAAAAUUGAUUUGGAAACAGGAACUUAUCGUUACCCUAAUACAGGGGAAAUAAUGUCUGUUGAUGAAGCUGUAAUUUGUGGCUUUUUGUCAAUAGAUAAAGCAGAAAUGAUUGAUGAAGAUGUUCACCCUAGCAAUGAACAAUCACCUAUUUCCAUAUCAGAUGCCAUAACCCAAGGAAAGAUUGACUCCGAUAGAGGAACCUUCAGUGACCCUCAAUCUGGGGAUGUAAUGAGUCUUCAAACAGCCCUACAAACUGGUUUCAUUCAACCAAAAGUCACUUCUGAUAGUGAACAAAUAACAACUUCAGGAGACCAGUAUACAGUUGUUAAAGAAGGGUCACCAUUUUCACCAAAAAUUGAUGUUAAAGUCAUAAAUGGUGAAGUGGUUUCAACAACAUCAACAGAAAUUCAGAUCACAUCAGGAAGUGCUACAUAUGUUACCAAACCUGGAUUUAUGGUUGAUUCUAAGGGCAAAGUCCUAAACGCGUCUACUGGAGAUAUAAUGUCAAUAUCUGAGGCUGCAGCCAAAGGUCUUAUCUUCACAGAAAGUACUGAAAGUAAAUCAGAAGUCAGAUUUGCUGAAGGUAAAAUAUCAUCAUUAGAAACUGAGCAACAAACUCAAUCUGAAAGUACAACAUUCUUCACAAAGCCAGAGUAUAAAGUAGAUUCUAAAGGCAAGGUAGUGAACACUAAAACAGGUGCUCUAUUACCAUUGUCUGAGGCACUAGCUAAAGGAUUAGUUUUCACCGAAUCUACUGCGCUUAAAUCAGGUUUACAUGUAUCUGAAGGAAAAGUUAAGAUGCCACUAGUGAAGGCUGAUGUCACGUUUGCUACUAAACCUGGAUUUGUAAUAGAUUCCCAAGGAAAGGUAACACAAACAACAACGGGUGAUUCCAUAUCUUUACCUGAAGCAAUAAAGAGGAGUGUGGUGUUUACUGAAACCACCAAACCUACCAAGGAUUUAUUCAUCUCUGAAGAUACAAUGGCUCCAACUGUGGUGGAACAGCAAACAGUGAAACUACGAUCUAAACCAGUUAAUGGUAGAGCUGUGGACCACAAAGCUGAUGAAUUUGAUAGUGGGAUGAAAGUAACUGGUAGAAGAUCUACGGACCGCUCCACACCUUUUGAUGAGGGUCGAUUAGUGGAUUCCUAUGAUAAACUUGGUCAGGACCUCAACAAUGAACUCAAUUGGCUGUCAGAUGUGGAACAGCUUCUUAGAGAUGAUCACCCAAUUAGUGAUGACCUUGACAAGGUUAAAGGUCAACUACAAGCUCAAAAGGAUCUUAUCUCAGACAUACAACAACAUCAACAGCCAAUAGCAGCUCUGAUUUACCAGACUGAACAGUUACUAGAGAACCAUGAGGAGGAGCUUACCCCAGAACAGGUCACAGAACUUCAAAAUCUCACAUCAAAUCUCAAGUCUAACUUUGGUAAAUGUCAGAAAACCUCCAGUACACGACUGAAACAUCUGACCACAGCCUCUGAUGAACUGACCAAACAUGAGUCAGAGCAUGAGAAGUUCUUAGAAUGGGUAGUCACUACUGACAAUGACCUGAGAGCUCUGGAAAUAGAAGCUCGUAAUCUGGACAGCAUAAAACAAGUAACAGAUAAACAAAUGAAAAUGAUGAAUGAUAUAAUAUCCCACCAAGCAGACACUAGAUUCUUGACAAUGACAGUACAGAAAUAUAUGGAGGAAUCAAAGCUGCAUAAACUUGAAGUAGAUGCUUUUAAAGCUAAUCGUAGAAAGACUUCCCGUCUCAGCUGGAUAGGAAUGGAAGGGAUGGACGCUGAAACUGUCGCUGAGAGGUUAAAGGAUACAACCACAAGAUAUGACGAGGUCAAGUUACGAUGUAGCUCAUUUGGUGACAAACUAUCUUCUGUUUCUGCUAAACAGAGAGAAUUCAAUGAUGGCACAUUCAAAUUGUUAUCGUGGUUAACUGGUACCGAAGAGAAACUUUCCGAUUUAAGACAGGAACCAGGUUCUGUUGAUUCUGACAAUUUUCAAAAUCAAAUGGAGAUGAUGAAAUCUUUAAGUAGUGAUGCCAUAUCACAUAAGUCACAAUUAGAAGAAUUAGAAAAAUCUUCGCGAGAACUAAUAGCUGAUCUACACAGUCUGUCAAUGGAUUCGUCAGAUAUAGAUGGGUUACAAGAAAUCAUAUCUGAUAUCAGUGAUAGACAGGAGGAAGUCGUAGCUGAAAUUCAUGAAAGGACGAAUAAUUUACAAACUGCUCUUACAAAGUCACAAAAUGUUGAAGAUGCUUUGGACAAUAUGUUGAAAUGGUUAAGCGACACUGAGGGUGCAUUGAACAAUCAAAGACGCGCAAGUCUCAGUCGGUAUAAUUUGAAUGAACAAUGUCAGAAUUUAGAUCUUAUCAAAGCCGAUAUUGACAGUCACAAACCUAGUAUAGAAGCUAUCAGAAAUGAGGCUAAUGAACUGAUCAAAACUUGUGAACUUGACACUGCUAAAUCAAUAGAGGCCAAGAUUGGCAAUCUUGAAGCACACUUCCAUACUGUGCAGGAUAAAUGUAAAACAAGAAAUCAGGACUUACAAGAACUUUCAGAAACUUUGGAAGAAUUUCAUGACACACUUGAUAAGUGUAAGCACUGGAUUGCUGGGAAUACUACAACAUUAGAAGAUCGGGAAUGGAAUAAAAAACCAGUAGAAACUGUCAAAGACAUUGUUGAAAAAGUAUCCGCCGAAAAGGAGGACAAACAAAAAAUCAUUGAUGAAUUAAGAUCUCUUGGACAAGCUUUGAUAGAAGAUUCUAGAACUGGAGAAGUUGGUGCCGUUAAGGAAUCUCUCAAUGAUUUAGACAGAAGGUGGCAUGAUAUGGUGGCAUUGCUAUCUGAACGAGAACAGGAGACACUAGAGAAAGACAGGCAAGGAAGUGAAUAUGAAACAAUGAAAAAGAAUGUAGUUGAUUGGUUAACUAAGGUAGAGAACAAAGUAGAUGGUUUUGAACCAGUGGCUGUGGAUGUGGAUAUAGCUGAAAACCAAAUAGAAGAAUUACAGCCUAUGUUACAACAAUACCAAGAAUACGCUGAAACUGUUGAUGAAGUGAAUGACCUUGGAGCAGCUUAUGAUAACCUUCAGAACCCAGACACCAGACCAAGUAGUCCAUUCAGAAAGAUAAUGAGAGGUAGAAGAUUAUCCAGUCUAAUGUCACCAAGAGUCCGAAGUCCAUCCCCAUCAUUUACCUAUCCAUCUUCCCCAUCACCCAAUGUAAUUAGUCCUGCUAGUGAUUCCAGUGGAUUCAGUAGUAAAAAGAGUUCCAGUGACAACUUUAAUCUGGAAGAUUUGACAGAAAUUCAACAAGAAUUAGUUGACAUUAAUCAUCGUUAUGACCUUCUGGGUGACCGUCUGGCAGAUCGUCACCAAGAGUUACAGAAUAUGUUGUCAAGUACCAAAACAUUCCUACAGGAUGUCAAUGACCUUAUGACUUGGGUUGAUCUUAAGGAACUGGAUGCCAGUUUGUCUCCUUCUUUACCUACCAGUGAAAGGGAGGCUAAGAAACAGUUGAAACUCCAAGAGACACUGCAUAAAGAGUUACUUGAGAAAGAGGCCAUGAUUGAGGACAUCAGAAACAAAUCUCAAGAACUGAUGAAGACAAAGAAAGGUGUCCCUGGAAUGGACAGAGUUCAACAACAGUUUGCUGAAUUAGAUGACAAAUGGCUUGAUGUAAAGGUUGCCUCAGAACAACGAAGAAAAGCUUUAGAGGGAAUGGUAUCUGACAUCAGAGACUUCAAGGAUGCUGGUGUGCACCUACAGAAAUGGAUAGCUCAGAAAGAAAAAAUGGUGGCCGUACUAGGACCAGUAGCUACAGAACCAUCUCAGAUCCACAACCAACAAGAACAAAUUAAAAUCCUCAAAGAGGAAAUUGCUGGACAGGAACCAUUAUAUGAACGUUUAAUCCAGAGUGGACAUAGCAUCCUAGACAAAUGUCAGCCAGACUCCACAGAUGCUGCUCAUAUUAGUGAGAAGAUGGCAGUUAUCAGUAAAGGAUGGGACCAGCUCAGUUCUCGACUGGGUGAGAGAGACAAGACACUUAUUGCAGUUGAGGGAAUGAGUGCUGAGUUUAACGAGACAUUACAGUCUCUACAUGACUGGCUGGGUGACUAUACUGAUAGAGUUGAAGGAGUUAAUACUCAACCCACCAACCCAGAGGAACACCAGAGACAGAUACAUAGAUUACAGUCAUUGGAAGGUGAACUUGUUAAUCAGCAGCCAUUAUUGAACAAAUUAAAGGAGCUUGGAAAGAAGGUUGGUGACAAUACCAAAGAUCUUAGUACCAAAUCUGAACUGAAGAACAAAAUAUCAGCCAUAGAGAAACCAGUCACGGAAAUGGAAUCUAUACUUGCUGCAAAGAAGACCAGUAUAGAACAAUCAAGUCAGGAGGGAGAACAAUUCCAAGAAGGCUGUCAGGAAAUACUGGACUGGGUAUCUGAUCUCCGUGCUAAAAUACAGGAACAACCACCUGUGUCUGGUAACCUUGACCUCCUGAGGGAACAAGCUCGACAACAAAAGUUGAUCACACAAGAUAUCAAUGAGAGAGGAACAGAGGUCAGAGAUAUCCUACGUAAAGGUAACAAAUUACUCGACACACUGCCGCCAUCCAAACAUUCUAAAGAACUUGCUGAGAAGUUAGAAGACAUUAAAACAGAGUGGGAGGAGCUUAACAGACAGGCGUUACAGAGAUCACAGCAGAUAGAGGCUAGUCAGAAACAUGGACAGAACUUCCAGGAACAACUUGACAAGAUAUUGAUGUGGCUCAACAUUGAUAAUGAAAAACUGGCUAAUAUUGUACCCAAAAGUUUAGAUAAAGAUGUGGUGGCAAAGAAACUCAAGGAUGCUCAGGCACUGCAGACAGACAUUCUUAAACAUUCCCAUGACCAUGACAAUUUGAACAGAGAAGGCCAAUCAUUGAUUGGAUUAGUGGAUACAGAUAAAAACCAUGUGACUGACACUCUAUUUGAUGCUAACAAACGGUGGGAAAAUCUCAGUCAAGCUGUAGCAGACAAGAUAGAAGAAUUAGAAGACUUGUUACAGAGACUGGAGGAAUUCCAGGACAACAUGAGGGAAUCAGAGUCUACGUUAGAUAGAUAUAAAGAUAAACUUGACACUCAUCUCAAACAGGGUAGUUCAUCUAAAGAUCCCAAGCACAUAGAUAAAAUUAAGGCAUGGCAAGAAGAUGUAGAUGCCAUCACAUCACAGGUAGAUUAUGCUGAGGCAUUACUGGAUGGGUUACAAGUCCAAGGGGACAUUACUGCUCCUCUGGUCACCAAUCUAGAGAAAGCAAAACAGAAACAUGAUCAGCUACAACAAGAGCUGGCAGACGUAGUUGAAGAAAUGGAGAGUGGUGCUAUGGUUCUAACACAAUAUCAGGAUCUUGUCCAGAAUGUAGGUACAGAACUGGCUCAUUUAGAUGCUGAAUUUACUUCACUUGACCCUAUUGGACGAGACGAAUCCAUGUUGAGAGGCCAACAAAGGGAAAACGAGGACUUAGUGGUAGAAAUAGAGGAGUUCAUUUCUAAGCUGCAUGACAUUGAGGCUAAGAUAGAUGAUGUCAAACGUAAGACAGACAGCCUCAAAUCCUCAGGUUACCUUACUGAUACUGGGGUUUUAUCUCCUAUGAAACAAAUUCAAAAGCAGUUUGACAACUUGAAAGACAAGGCAGAAAAACGUAAAGAAGACCUUGCUCAAACAUUCCGUAAGAUGGAAGGUGUGGAUGAUAACCUACGUAGAAUGAGAACUAGCAUUGAUAGAGCCUCAGCAGAAUUAGAUAUGCAUGAACCCAUUGGUCAUGAUGUGGAACCAAUCAAAAGACAACAAGAGGAACUUAAGUUAUUCCAGAAAUCUGUAUUGGAGCCAUUAUUGAAGAGAGUAGAAUCUGUGCAAGGUGAUGCUCAGACUCUGGUACAAACAUCAGCCCCUGGUGUCAAUACUGGAGGACUCGAGUCAGAUCUAGAAAUCAUGGUCGAUAAAUGGUCAGAACUGAACGAAAAGGUCUUGGAACGUGAGCAUAACUUAGACAAUGCAUUGUUACAAGCUGGUAAAUUCAAUGAUGCUUUAGACUCGCUCCUCAGUUGGCUAAAAGAAACAGAAGAUAUGGUUCAGAACCAAAAAUCUGCAUCCACUGACUACAAAGUGGUUAAAGCUCAAUUACAAGAACAAAAAUUCUUGAUGAAGAUGUUAGAUGAUAGAGAAAGCAGUGUUAAAUCAGCAAAACAACUUGCCGAUAAUCUAUUGAAAAACCUUGACUCUAGAGAGCAAAAGGCUAUACAGAAUCAGUCAGCCCAGUUACAGCAGAGAUGGGACGUGUUACGACAGAAUGCUGCAAAUCGUUUAGACAAGUUAGAGGACGUGGUUGGAUUAGCUAGGGAUUACCAGGAAGUCAGGGACCCUCUGUGCCAAUGGCUAGACAUGACGGAGAAAAAGUUUGCUGCUUUAGAACCGUCAGCAAUGGAUACUGAAGGCAUAGAAAACAUCAUUACUUCAUUAAAGGAUAUGGAAGAUGACAUUGCUAAUCAAGAUUACAACUUCCAGAACUUAGGAGACAAAUCUGACAACUUACAGAAAUAUUGUUCAGGACCUGAUGCUGAUACAUUAGACAAGAAAACCAAAGCAUUCCAGAGUAGAUUCUCAGAUCUCUGUAACAAAGUCUCAGAUUCUACGGAACAAAUGGAAGAAGCUUUACCUCUUGCCAAAAACUUUAAUGUAGCACAUGCUAAAUUCCUAGACUGGGUCCUAUCAGUAGAACCACAACUAAGAGCCAAGGAAGCCACAGGACCAGAAGCUUUUGAACAAGUACAGAACUUUGUUCAACAGUUACAAGAGAUUCAGGCUGUGAUAGAGACACUGAAUAACGAUGGUAACCUGUUAGCUGAGCUUGCUCCUGGUGAUGCUGGGCUUAGAGUGGAAGAUACUAUCAAUAAAAACAUGAAACGAUAUGAUGCUGUCAAUGACAACAUACAGAGAAGGUCACAGAAACUUAGGUCAACAAAACAAAGGUCAUCUGAGAUUGUAAAUGAUAUGAAUGACUUGAUAGAAUGGUUUGAUGAUGAGGCUAAAAAGAUCAAAUCUGCUGAAGAUGUUAGUAGUGAUCCUGUCAAACUCAACAAGCAGAUAGCUGAACAAAAGGCAAUUAAUGACGACAUCAGCAGCCAAAAAGCCAAAGCCAGAGAAUUCAUAACCAAGGGUAAAAAAUUAUUACGAGAAUCGUCCUUUGAGGAUGAUCCACAAUUAAGAGAAAGAGUUGAACAUUUAAAACAGAAAAUGGAUGCUGUAGGUAAACUAGGUGUAGACAGAUUGAGUCAGCUAGAACAGACUCUGCCAUUGGCUAAAGCUUUUUAUGAUACACAUCAGGACUUGGUCACAUGGUUCGCAGAAGUGAAUCCCACGCUUGCUGAGUUGGACGUUAUGUCCAUUGAUGCAGAUCAUGUGAAGAGACAACAAGAUCAAGUCAAGGUAUUAAAACAAGAAGUGCAGGACCACAAACCAGUGAUUGACAGACUUAACAAGACAGGAAAUGCAUUAGUCAAACUUUGUGGGGAACAUGAUUGUCUCAAGGUUCAGAAGAUGCUUGAUAAGGACAACAAAAAAUUGGAUGAUAUGAGAAACUCGCUGAGAGACAGAUCAAUGUCUAUUGAUGAAGCUUUGCAACAAUCAGCUGAGUUCACAGACAAAUUAGAAGACAUGUUAGAGACCUUAGCAACAACAAGUGAACAAGUGGAGAAUGCUGAGCCAGUGUCUGCUCAUCCUGACAAACUCAGAGAACAAUUGGCAGAAAAUAAGGCAUUGUUGGAAGACAUGGACAUGAGACAGACUGCUUUACAGUCCAUUAAAUCUACUGCUGAGGAUCUGAUCAAUCAAGCUGGCAGUGACCAGGACGAGGCAGUUAAAGAUGUACAACAAAAGUUAAAUGAACUGAUAGAUCUGUACGAGGGUAUCAAGGAUGCCACACAUUCCCGUACUCAAGCUCUGGAGGAAACACUGGAUGUGUCAGAACGAUUCUGGGAUGACCUACAUUCUCUGGCUGGUACAAUCAAAGACCUACAAAAUGCCAUAGUCCAGCAGGACCCACCAGCUUUAGAACCAGCAAUCAUCAGAGAACAACAGGAUUAUAUGGAGGCACUGAAGGAUGACAUUGAAGCAACCCAGGCAGACAUAGAAGAUGUCAGUCAGACAGGGGAUCAGUUGGUUUCACUGUGUGGUGAUCCAGAAAGACCAGAGGUGGAGAAAAAUGUAAACGACCUUCAAUUGACCUUAGGAAAUGUGGCAGACAAGUUUGAGAAGAGAUCCAAAGACCUGGAAGUAGCUCUGACCAAGGCUGUUCAUUUCCAGGAUGAACUGAUGAAAAUCUUAGUGUGGCUGCAGAAGAAUGAGGUUAAAGUGAGAGAGUUUGGCCAUGUUGGAACUGACUUUGAUACCAUCAAAAUACAGUGGAACCAAGUUAAAGACAUGAAAGCCAAAAUAGAACCGAAGCAAGUGGAUGUAGAAGCAUUAAAUCAGAAAGCCAAUGACCUUGCCAAGGACAGCACUCCAGAACAGGCAGCCAUUGUUAAAGAACCCAUGUCAAGUGUCAACAAGAGAUGGGACAAUCUGCUGGAAGGACUUGGAGAUCGGGAGAGAAAGUUACAGAUGGCCAUGUUGAAUGUUGGUCAGUUUGAACAUGCUCUGAAUGAACUUCUUGCCUGGCUGGAUAAAACUGACCAGUCUUUAGAUGAUUCUACUUCAGUGAAUGGUGACCACAAAUCUAUAGAAAUAGAACUGGCUAAACUUAAGGUCAUUCAAAAUGACGUUGAUGGCCACAAAGAAAGUGUAGAUUCCUUGAAAGAAGCUGGUGUUCGUGUGGUUGCUAAGGAACAUGGUACAGACACUCCUGUGAAAAGGAAACUUAAUGAGAUCAACACCAUGUGGGGCCGUGUACAGGAUAAAUGUAACAACAAACAUAAACGACUAAAGGAUGCUCUUAGAGAGGCCAAGUCCUUUGCUGGUGAUCUACAAGACACAUUGGCCCAUAUGUCAGAGUUGGAGGAUAAUUUGAUAACUUCAACACCAGUUGGUGGCUUACCGGAGACAGCCAAAGAACAGUUUGAGAAAUUCAUGCAUGUGUACAAUGAACUAGACAACACAGAUAGGAGAAUAGGUAAACUAACAGAAGCUGGAAACAAACUGGCAGCUAAAAAGUCUGACACGGCUGCUAAUAGUAUCAGACAAAGUCUGGGAAUACUACAUCAAAGAUGGGAGAAUAUCAGGACUAGAGCUGAAGAUAGAAAGGCAAAACUAGAGAGUGCUGUAGGACAAGCCAACAGUUUCAGUGAUGAUCUGAACAGGUUUAUAGCCUGGUUAACAGACACCGAGAAGACACUUAACAACCUGAAGCCAGUCAGUCGUCUGCUUGACAGGAUAGCAGUUCAAAUUGAAGACCACAAAGCAUUACAGAAAGAUGUGAGUAAGAACAGAGAGACUAUGAUAGCUCUGGACAAGACAGGAACACAUCUGAAAUACUUCAGUCAGAAACAAGAUGUCAUCCUGAUCAAAAAUCUCCUUGCCAGUGUACAACAUCGCUGGGAGAAAAUUGUAUCUAGGAGUGCUGAGAGAACCAGGCAUCUAGAGAAGGGAUAUAAAGAAGCCAAACAGUUCCAUGCAAUGUGGAGAGAGUUACUUGAUUGGUUAAGAGAAGCAGAGAAGACCCUAGAUUCUCAUCAUCAAGUAGGAAAUGAUCCAAUCAAAAUCAAGGCUGAGAUUGCAAAACACAAGGAAUACCAACGAGGUAUUGGUACCAGACAGCCAUUAUAUGACAGUAUCAACCGAUCAGGAAGGACGUUGAAGGACAAAUGUCCACCCGAGGAUGUCACAGAUAUACAAAGAAUGUUAAUAGAACUCAAAACUAAAUGGAACACAGUCUGUAGUAAAUCUGUUGACAGACAAAGGCAGUUGGAGGAGGCUUUGUUGUUUGCUGGUCAGUUCUCUGAAGCUUUACAAGCUCUGUUGGACUGGCUGGGUAAGGUAGAACCUACUCUGGGUGAGGACCAACCUGUUCACGGAGAUAUAGAUACAGUCAAUAACUUAAUGGAGUCACAUAAGGCAUAUCAGCAGGAACUUGGUGCCAGAGCAAAUACAGUAGAAUUUGUAAGGAAACGUGCCAAAGAAUUGAUGGAUAAAUCUGAAGGUGACAUGUCACAGCAACAAGCUGAACUGAUAGAGUUAUCUACCCUGUGGGAUAGAGUUUGUAAGCUGAGUGUCAACAAACAGGAACGACUAGAACAAGCACACAAACUGGCUGAAGAAUUCCACAAGAAAGCCCAGGGAUUGUUGGAAUGGCUGGCAUCAGCUGAGAGACAACUAAGAUAUAGAGGACCAAUCCCUGAUGAGGAACCUGCUCUUAUCAAACAUAUAGAGGAGCACAAGAAAUUUGAGGAAGAAUUAAUGAGACAAGAGGCCCACCUGAGAGAGACAUUGAACAUAGGCCAGGAUAUAAUGAAAAGAUGUCAUCCUGAUGCCCUGUCCACACUUAAACAUUGGCUGUCUGCUCUUAAAGCCAGAUGGGAAGAGUUGACUGGUAUGUGUAAGACUAGAGGUAAGAAAAUGGCUGAAAACCUCUCAACCGUCAGAUCUAAUACAAGACUUCUGGAUGAUUUGUUAGCCUGGUUAAAUGGAGCAGAGACAACAUUGAUAAAUGUAGACCAAGAACCCAUUCCAGGGGACAUUCAGGUCAUCCAUGACCUCAUCAAAGACCAUCAGCACUUCAUGAAUGAAGUAUCAAGUAGACAGCCAGAUGUUGACCGUUUGAUUAAAGCUGACAAACAAAGGACAGCGUCCACUUCAGAACCAGCAUCAUACAUUCCAGUGUUGAGAAACACAUCAGGAAGACACACACCUGUCAAACUCACUCCCAGGAAAGACAAUGACAGUGGCAGAAGAACACCUGAACCAUCAUUCAGAAAUCCUAGAACUGGUGCCCUGUUUAACAAGUGGAGAGGAGUGUGGUUAAUGACAAUGGACAGACAACGGAAACUGCAAGAUGCACUGGAUCAUUUGAAUGAAGUAGAAAAGUUAAAGAACUUUAGUUUUGAUCCAUGGAGAAAAAGAUUCUUACAGUGGAUGAGACAUAAUAAAUCUAGAAUUAUGGAAAUGUUCCGUCGUAUCGACAGAAAUAAGGAUGGAAGAAUAACACGCAGAGAGUUCAUUGAUUCUAUCAUAUCUACAAAAUUCCCUACGAGUCAGUUAGAGAUGGACAUUGUUGCCAACUUGUUUGAUCGUGACGGCUCUGGAUUAAUUGAUUACAAAGAAUUUGUGUCUGCUCUGAGACCAGAUACACACAAAGAGCUUGAUAAGAAUUUGACUGAUUCAGAAAAGAUCCAUGAUGAAGUACAUGAGCAAGUGUCGAAAUGUACCUGUGUGAAACAGUUCCGUAUCCACAAAAUAGGAGAAGGAAAGUACCGGAUACGAAAAACAAUUUGUGAUGCAAUCAUUACGUUUGGAGAUUCCCAGAAGUUAAGAUUAGUGAGAAUUCUCCGUAGUACUGUGAUGGUCCGAGUUGGAGGAGGAUGGGUGGCUCUGGAUGAGUUCCUUGUUAAGAAUGAUCCUUGUAGAGUGGGACUGCGGAGACGAAUCCGUUUCAAAGUUGCAGUAGUAAACCCAGAGGACCUCACUAAAGGGAGAACAAACAUUGAAUUGAGAGAACAAUUUAUCCUUGCCCAAGGUGUCAGUCAAUCUAUGACAGGAUUUACAGCUAAAAGUCCCAGUGGCAGUUCUUAUUCCGGUAGUUCUACGCAUUCUGCUGGAACAUGGAGCACACGAUCACCAAGUUCUGCUACUGGACCCAUUACCAAGAGGCACAGGAAAAGGAAUUCUCUUGCUGUUCCCAGGCCAAGGACGAGGAGAGCUCUCUCCGUACCCAGUCAAAGGACAAAGAGAGCUCUCUCUGUACCUAGUAUACAUAUACGAGAGAAAACCCAGUACCCAACACCAUGGCGACAAAGGAUGAAGAACAGCCCUGAUGUUGAAGUACGACAGAUUAUGUCUGGUGAUAGAAUGAGUAAACCUAAAGUCAGCAGAGAUAUAAUGAAAAGUCCAGCUACCCCUGUAAGUCGUAGUUCGAGUCGAGCUAGUACAAGUAGUCGACCACCAAGUCGUGCAGACAGUGAGGCAUCAGAAGCCAGUGAACCAGAAAUAUUUACAACAGUGCAACAAGAGACAAAAAAUCACGGUGGUCGUAACACCACAACAAUGACAUACCAAACACAUGUGAUACAAACACGUAGAACUUCAACACCAACAUCAGCCUCCAAAAAAGUAUCAAAAAUACCAAAACCAUCGCCAGCACGGAAAAAAUAAUUCAUUAUUCAUAUAGGAUAUAUAUUUAAUUUUGCUGCUUUAGUUCUAGUUAAAGGCAGAUUAUCAGUAUGGCUGUAAUUAUUAUUGUUCACCAUGUUACAUGUGAAACCUACAAAAAAAGAUGGAAAUAAUAUGGGAACAUUGCUACCAUGUUACAUGUAAAACUUGCAAAAAAAGAUGGAAAUGAUAUGGGAACAUUGCUACCAUGUUGCAUGUAAAACUUGCAAAAAAAAGAUGGAAAUAGUUAUUAUAUGGGAACAUUGCUAGGUUAUUUGAAUAUCAAGCUUGUGAUAUUAAGCAUUUAGAUCAUAUUCCAUUGCUGUCAUUAAUUAUAUCUUCAUAAUGUGAUACUAAAUUCCCUAUUUUUGUUAUAUGUAUAUAGUUAUUUAUACACAGAUCAUAGCUUUAUAAUUGUAUAUACUAGAGUAAACAAUUUUUCUAUCCUGUUUGAUGUGGAAGUAAGAAUGCAUGUUAUUAGAUAAUUGUUUUUGAGAUAGUUGAAAUGAUUGGUUACUGUUUGAUAAAGUCUUGUUUUUGAUUGGUGUAUAUUUGAUAAAGGGAGAGACUAUUAAAUUGGUGCUGCUGCUGUUGUUAUUAGAUAUGAAAUCAUUUCUCCCUUUAUCCAAUUUACAAGUCAAUGAUACAAAAUUGAGUACUUCAAAUUAUUUCUUCUUUUGCCAAGUAGCAGAAAAGAUUAUUAAUCAGUUGACAUUAUAUGUGUAUUUUGUAAUUUAGCAACAAAUUUUUACGAUAUGUCUACGACAUGUCUGAAGUGCUAUAUCAUUCCUAUGUAUGUUGUAUGAAUGGUUACCAUGACUACAGGGUGUGAUUUUUUUUAGUAUGUAUAUAUUUAUCUAUAUAUAUGUACUGCCUUGCUAUAUGUAAGCAAGUAAAAGCGACACAAUAAAAGAAUCUCACAUA